UUCGCUUUUGUUAAAAGUAGGAUAAAUGGAAGAUCAAACUUUCGGACCUACGGAACCGUUACCUAAUAUGAAUAAUAAAUGCCAAUCGUUAUCAGAAUAUUAUUUAGCGUAUAAAUGAUUGCUCGUGUGCGUAAAAUAUGUCUGUUUUUGCUCGUGUCCCAUUGUCGGGUUAAGUAGUUGAAAUUAAUAAUGUAUUGCGUUUAAAGACGAAUUUCAUUUUUAUGUUAUUUAUUAAUUUUUUUCUUUUAAAAUAACUAUUUCUUAUUUUUAAUCCUUUCAAAAAGUCAUUGCAAUUACUUUUAGUAAUGUUAAGAAUAAUCACGAAAAUAAAAGAUGUUAAAAGUUAGUUUUUUUGAAAGUAGGAUAAAUAGAAUAUCAAACUUUUGGACCUAAAUACCGUUACCUAAUGUGAAUAAUAUAUGCUGAUAGUUAUCAGAAUAUUAUUUAACGAAAAAUGAUUGCUCAUCUAAGUAAAAUAUGUCUGUUUUUGUUCUUGUCCCAUUGCCAUGCUUACGAUAUUUUCACUGGUCUUUGGAAACAAGUAGGCGAUUGUUUUGAAAAUGUUCAUCACGAAAAGUGUGACAUUUCUAUAGCUGAUGCCUUUAAGCCGAAAACUGCACAAGUAGGGCACAAUCCACCAGAAACAAAAUUUGUUCUUUUCACGCCAACAAACCCAGAUAAAGCUGAGCCAUUGCACAAAUGUGGCGGUGAAUUGCCUAAAGACACUGAUUUUGAUCCAGACAUAGAGACAGUUCUUCUUGCGCAUGGUUAUAUGGAUGGAAUGUGUAGAACAGCUUGGCAGAGAGAAAUAAAAACGCAACUUUUUAUAAGAGGUGACUACAACGUUAUUCUCGUCGACUGGACAUGGGGCAACACACCAGAUCCAGGAGGAGCUGCUCAGAACUCUCUCGUCGUUGGAGAACAAGCAGCUUUUGUUAUUCAAAGUAUCAUGAAUCGUACUGGUAUAAAGGGAAACAAGUUUCAUCUCAUCGGUCACAGCUACGGCGCUUAUUUAGUGGGCAUGGCAGCAAAAUUUAUCAAGGAUCAAAAUGAAGAAAAUAUGAUUCGAAGGUUGACUUUUCUAGAUCCAGCAGUAGCUCCUGUCUCCAAUGAAGACAUUAUUAAUGGAAAACUAUCACAUGAAAAUGCCAAAUUUGUGGACGUCAUUCACAGCAAUGGAGGAGAAUGUUUCCCCUCUAAUUUUGGAUUAAUAACCCCUCUUGGACAUGUAGACUUCUAUCCCAAUGGUGGAAAUAUUCAACCAGCGUGUUUCGAAUAUGCUAUCGCCACAGUUCCAAGAUUAGAUUUGUUUUACGGCUUAAUGUCAUUAUUCCCUACGUGCUGCUAUCAUUGGCAAGCGAUUCAGUACUUCAAAGUGUCUAUUAAUUCCCCAAGCAGCAAAUUCAUCGGCGCUAGAUGUGACAGUUAUGAAGAUUUUAAGUCAGGGGCAUGUCAACGGUGUUGCAGGGACAACUCAACAGAUUGCGCUGUUGCAGGAAUGGAUGCAGAAUAUUAUUAUCUCAUGGAUCAACCCAGAGAAAAAAGAAAAUAUUAUUUCGACACGGAAAUCAUUUGUCCUUAUAACGAAAAAUAUGACUUCAGCAUUUUUAAAGACUGUGAAGACAACGAAGACAGAGAAGACAACGAAGACUGUGAAGACAACGAAUACACUGAAGACAACGAAUACAUUGAAGACAACGAAGACAGUGGAAGACGCCGAUAACAGGGAAGACAGCGACGAGGGUCCAAUUGAAAAAAUUGGAGGAUUGUUUGGAUAAUGUAUUGUGUUACAGUUUAACAUUUUACGGAAUGUUACUUUAAGGUCGUCUCAAGUUGGCAUAAAGAAGCAAGAGACAGUAUUGCAAUUAAACUACCCAAGUAGUACCAGAGACAUUUCAUUAAAAAAA